AUGCGAUUAGCAUCAGGUCUUCCGAAUCUCCCUUUCUUCCGCCCGCUGGUCUCACACGACCCGCAAUCCACGUCCGUUGUCCAUAGUGCAUCCGGACGCACCUUUAGCUAUGGAAACCUCAUCGGAGACGUCAUACUAGCUCAAGAUAAGCUUGAAGCACUUGGAGACCGCUCUUUGAAAGGACUCAAUCUACAGGGAAAGCCCGUGGCAUUUUUGGCAGAGAAUAGCUACGACUACGUGGUUACGUUGCUCUCUAUACUUGCGGCCGACGGCAUUGCGCUUCCUCUUUCUCCUAGCUUCCCGGCUGCAGAGCUGAGAUAUAUCCUCGAUAAUUCGCAGGCAGAAAUACUACUAGCAACUGAAAAGUAUCGCGAAAAAGCAGAACAAGUGCUCGAUGGAGAACUAGUGAAGCGUCCUGUUUUGGAAUAUAUUCCGAAGCUCAAUGAUGGGGCUAUAUCUCCGGCGAAUGUCGAAUUUCGGGAUAUGGAGAACCCCCAAGGUGGAAUGAUGCUGUAUACAUCAGGUACUACAAAUCGUCCGAAAGGCGUAUUCCUCCCACAUUCUGCUCUAGCAGCGCAAACGAAGUCUUUAGUUCAGGCAUGGUCCUAUUCGCCGGACGAUAGACUACUUCACAUGCUACCGCUCCAUCACAUUCAUGGAACGGUUAAUGCCAUUCUAGCACCAUUACUCGCUGGUUCAUCUAUUGAGUUUACGUUCCCAUUCAAUCCCACUACGGUAUGGGAUAGACUCGCUCGACCAUUUAUGCCCAACUCCAAUACAAUCCCGCCUCCAAAACCUAUAAACUUCCUUACAGCUGUUCCGACUAUUUACCAUCGCCUCCUCGGUACAUUUAAUACACUCCCUGAUAUCACCCAAAAAGCUGCAAAGGAAGCUAUUUUGCCCGAAAAUCUACGACUAAACAUUUCCGGGUCUGCCGCAUUGCCUACUCCAAUAAAAGAAUCAUGGACCAAGCUUAGCGGGGGAAAUGUGCUUCUUGAACGGUAUGGCAUGACCGAAGUCGGUAUGGCUCUCAGUUGUGGCAUGCAUUUUAAAGACAGGGUUGAUGGGAGUGUUGGAUGGCCACUACCGUCUGUUGAAGUCAGGUUAUUCGAUCUAGACAGCCAAGAAGUGAUACGGCCGGGAGAAGAAUAUGACGCGAACAAGCGUGAGCGGGUAGGAGAAAUUCAACUACGAGGGCCAACUAUUUUCAAAGAAUAUUGGAAGAACGAACGUGCCACUGAGGAUUCAUUUAUGGAAGGUUCUGAUGGCAAAGGCAGAUGGUUCAAGACUGGCGAUAUGGCUAUUAGAAAGCAGGUUUCGGGUGCUGGACAAAGUGGAAGUAAUUGGGCAAAAGGCCCGUUAUAUUUCAUUCAAGGCCGCCAGAGUGUGGACAUUAUCAAGGUUGGAGGAGAGAAAGUGAGCGCACUGGAAGUCGAACGGGAGCUUCUUGCCCUUCCGCAGGCCCUAGAGGCAGCUGUCGUUGGCCUCCCGUCAGAUCAAUGGGGCCAGAAAGUUGCUGCGGUAUUGGUGCUGGACCCGAAACACGCAAACACGGGGACUCGUGAAGGCAAACCUUGGGGCAUCCUUGAUCUGCGGCGCGCAUUAAAGGAGAAACUGUCAGAAUACAAAAUACCGCAGGAGAUGAGAAUAUUGGAAAAUGGGAUCCCAAGAAAUGCGAUGGGAAAAGUGAACAAGAAAGUCCUUAAACGGGAUGUCUUCGGCGAGUCAUCAUAG